AUGAUGACGGAACUCAGUACGUUUCCAACGCGACCGUACGCCCCCGCGCAGGAGCACGCGCCAAGGGAUGAUGCCCUCGAUCUCUAUUCUCUCGUCCCGUAUCUCGAGGACUAUCAAAAUCGAGCCAGAACGCGACGGUGUUUCAUCACAGACGACUCGAAAAGCGAAGUAUCAUGGACGGACGUGGAUGGGCAGGGCCCCGCGAGUGUGAGGGUGCUGAACUCGCUGGCUGAGCUGCGCGGCUACAGGAGCCUUCAUUGUCCUCAAAGAAACGACUUGAGGGUCAUCUCUGUCUGCCAGUCCAACUCCUGGAGGCCGUUGAGCGUCACUUGUGACAUGUUCAAGGAGAUUGUGGAUGCUGUCAGCGCCUCACCGGAUUUGCUGGAGCUGCCACUGUCGUUUUACCAAAAGACCAUCGCAGUCGAGGAGGGGUUCACCACUGCGCCCGUGUUCAGGCUCAACGCUAGCUCAAUGGAAAUUAUGUACAUCAUCAAAUACGCCUUUCAAAAACCGUUUGAGGAAAAAGGAAAAGACAACUGGGUUCUACGGCAAACAGGGGUAUAUCAAAAAUACGACAUCGCAACAAAAAACAGCACCCUCGUCUUCUUGAACCCAACACGAGAGUGCAAGUUCCAAGAGCGACUGAUGGGCCUCCUUCAAUCACCGUAUAAGCGAACCUGCCUGCAGCGCAACCCGCUUCUGGUCCACAACAUCCUCUUUGGGACCUUCUUCCACGCCUGGAGGGACUACCUAAAGCAUCUGGAGGGGAGAAUACUCCCCAUCGUAAGUUCACUUGUCGACAACUUCAUCAUCAGCUAA